UUCUGCUGUUAUGCUAACGGUAGUUGUGAAUGAGCUGGACCUGUGUAACCACCUGUAUGACGAAUAAAAGGAUCACGAACGUUGUGUGUCUUAGUUAGUCAGUGUGAACCUCCUGACAUCAGGUUGAGGCUCUGACAUUAGCUGUGUCAGCGUAAAUGCGCUUGGAGACAGCUCCUGACUGCUUCAUCGUCAACUUCUACAGAGACAUAACUGGAGCCUGCAGGCAGACAGAAAAACACCAGGAUGGCCAGUGUGCUGUGCCGCAGAGCCAGGCUGGUCACUUACCUCCCAGGACUUCAUUUGUUGGUGCAUCGUGUUGCUGGAGCCAGUUCUUUCUCUGCUGCUGGAUCCUCGGGCUCGGAGGAGCCCCACGUAGCCAUCACUCCGUCUGACAUAGGACUGCAGACAGUGUGGCCUGAUGAGAGCAUGGGGCCUUUUGGGCCCCAGGACCAGCGCUUUCAGCUGCCUGGUAAUGUGGGAUUUGACUGCCACCUAGAAGGACUAGCAGAGCAGAAGAAGAGUCUGGCAUACAAGUUGGUCCCUGAUGUGCUGUCAGCCCCAUCCAGUAAUGAGAGACAUCAGUUCAUACUGGCCCAGUUCAUCGGAGAAUUCUUUGAGAAAGAUGACCCAGCCUCAUCUCAGAGUGUCAGUAGAGAUGAACAGUACUUUGAAAACUCCAGUGUGGAGUGUGCCAUACAGUCCUGCCCGGAGCUACUACAGAAAGAUUUCCAGUCCAUGUUUCCUGAGGCUCCAUCCUCUGGUAUGAUGGUGGUUACAGUGACCCAAAAGACCCAGAACGAUAUGACGUCAUGGUGUGCUGAGGUGGAACAAGAGAGAGAGAAGAUGCUUGGCAAGUUUGUUGAUGGAGCCACGGAGAUCUGCUACGCUCUGCAGAGAGAAGGAUUCUGGGCUGACUUUAUUGACCCAUCCUCAGGCCUGGCGUUCUUUGGCUCUUACACCAACAACACACUGUUUGAGACAGAUGACAAGUACCGUCAUCUGGGCUUCCAGAUCGAGGACCUGGGCUGCUGCAGAGUGAUCCGACACACUGUGUGGGGGACAAAUGUUUUUGUGGGGACAAUAUUUACAGACGCACCACCCAGCAGCUUUAUAAUGAAGAAGCUGCAGGGCAGCUGAACACAGGCUCAGGGACAUUUGGCUGCCAUUAAAACUGUGUAAAAACCUG